AUGCCCGGCACCGGGGUCCAAGCCCAUCCCGAUGCUGCCCAGGAGCGGCCGCCUUGUACGGUCUGCUGCGAUCUCGACAAGGCGCAUAUGCCUGGAUCUGUCGACUCCAGGGAUUUUUCCCGCGAUCUUGGGAGCAUUAUUAAGGCCGGUAAGAAGGGAUGCCAAAUAUGUUACGCCAUCAAAGUUGCUAUCUUUUGGGCCAAUAAUGUCAACGUUCCCAAGAAGAGGCUGAUGCUUGAUGAUUCAUACGCCGUCAUUCACCUGUACGAGGCUAUCUCUAUCCAAUCAUUUGUCAAAUAUCGGAACUCCGCGAACAAUGUCAUUCUCGUGAAGGGCAUAGUCGACUUGUUCACGAAACCAGGCAAGCCGCUGCCGUGGAAGUCUAUCGGAGUCUCUAAUGAGGUUCCUCUCAAACUACACUCUAAGCAUCGGCAGAAGACGAUCCGUGGAUGGGUCGAUGAAUGCAAUGCAACACACAAGACAUGUGGCACGAGGAUGUAUCCGUCUGAGCCCGGUCUUGCUCCUCGGCGGUUUCUGGAUCUUGGAAAAAGCCCGCGGAACGGUAUCAAACUGGUCGACUCUUGUUCAGUCUCCGGGCCCUACAUCACCGUCGUCCAUGGCUACACCGGCCCGUUACCGGCUCCUUCAUCGUUGACAACCUCGGAAAACUUCGACCAGCGCCAAAAGUCUUUGCAGUGGUGGCAAAUACCUGUGGCCCUGCAAGAGACCAUGACGGUCGCUAGCGAAUUGGGUAUCCAGUAUGCUUGGGUCCAAGAUUUCUGCGUCAUUCAAGACAUCGAGGAAGACGUAAACUGGCACUUGGCUCGAGAGGAUAUCAUCUUCGGACGGUCAUACCUCACUAUCGCCUUGACAAGCGUUAAAGAUCUCAGGCUGAGCAAUUUCGGCCCCGAGCGACAGAACAGCAUAGCCGGCGUCGAAAACGCGGGUAGAUCCGUUGCCAUUCAAGUCAGUAAAUUUGGCCGCACACACUACAUUUAUGCUCGGCAGAGUAUGCAUUGGUAUCACGUGGCAUUCGCCAACAAGACCUUGUUGCGGCCCAUGGAUGAUGACGAAGAAUCAAAUGUCUUUGAAGAACACCAUGGACUCUUCCAGCAUGCCCCUGCUUUCCAGCGCCUUUUGCUGUCUCGCAGGGUGCUUUAUCUGCACAAGUCAGAGCUUGUGUGGGACUGCCUUGAACGGCCCAGAUGCGAGUGCGAUGACCCAAUGUACUUUGGACAAGGACAAAAUGUUGUACAGAACAUCCUGAAGAAACCCACCUGGAUCUCGCGCGGGGCCGUCGGGCCUCCCGACUAUGUGCUCAACCUUUACAAAGCCCUAACGCCGGCCGACCCCGAAGAGAAGCUGGCAGUUGUCGCCGGCCUCUUUCGACACAUCCUUCGUCUCAAUGGAAGAUCCCACUUCGCCGGGAUCGCAGUAGACACACCUGAAGAGCUGUCGCUUGACCUUCUAUGGACCACCCUGCCGCCUGAGAGGGCGCAACCGAACCAGCUCGACCAAGAUUCCCCAUCUAUCCCAGACGCAUAUCGACAUCACACCAGUCGCAUCCCGUCAUGGUCCUGGGCAUCCAUGGUUCUGAGCAAGGGAACUACAUUUGGAGGAGCCUCACAGCUAUCGCCAGGCUACACAUUCGACUCUUUCGAUCGCAGUAUGUCAUUCGGCUCAGUGGGAAUGUUCUACGACGAGUUGCCCGGAUCCGACGAUAGUCUGCUAGCCACCAACUACCGCAUAAAAGCCAAAGCGGCGAUUCGACCGAUCACUGCCGUGCCACCGAUGGGCAGAAGACCCCUAAUUCCACAUCUGUUUAGCUGUUACGACGGUGAUCCCUUGGAUCGCAAUUCUCACAUGAUCUUCCGGUUUCUGCCGGAUUGCGCGAGGCUUCGCGGUUCGUUCCAAGCCAGUGAUGGGUUCAAAUGUUACAUUAUGCUGCUAGGCGUCGCGACGCCAGUUGGGCAUGACCGGGAGGGACCAAUCAACCAGUCUUGUACCUGUGCACAUACUGAAUACCACAUGCAAGUUGGCUUGGUCCUGCGAGAAUCGCUGCGGAAUGAGGGUGCAUUCGAGCGGAUUGGGACGUUUGCAGUAUCGGAGAGUCGCGGCAUGUUCUUGGGAGUCGUGCCGCGUGACUUGACCCUAGUCUGA